AGCGGCCGCGCUACCGGACGGCGUACGCGUGCGAGGGCUCCACCCUCAACAUGGAGUGCGACCCGGGUCACGUGAUCAACCUCAUCCGGGCCAACUACGGCCGCUUCAGCAUCACCAUCUGCAACGAGCAUGGCAACACCGAGUGGUCCGUCAAUUGCAUGAGUCCCAGGUCGCAUCGCGUCCUGCACGAUAAGUGUAGCCAACGACAGAACUGCAGCGUGGCGGCGUCCACAAGGGGCUUCGGCGACCCCUGCCCUGGCACCCUCAAGUACUUGGAGGCGCAUUUCCAGUGUGUCCCUGUGAGUCCGCCCCAGCACACCGCGCGCCCCCGCCCGCACUGGUUCAUCGCCACCAAGACGACCGUCAGCUCCAUCACGGAGGACGACCCUCUCCUUCCGUCGCCGCCCACGAAGAUCAGUCCCGCCGGCGCGGGCGGAGGCGGCGCCAGUGGGCGGCCUGUCACCGACGGCGUAGAGCGCGAGAGCGGCCUGGGCGGCGGCGUCGAAGGGAGCGUUGAGGGAGGCGACGGCACGGGGGUCGUGGGCGGCGCCGCCGACGUCGUGGGCGCCGACCUCGGCAACCGGCUGAAGGGCACGCCCGCAGAGGACCUUCCGCAGACGACCACCUCCACCACGACCACGACGACGCUGCGCCCGCCGCCGUGGCUCAUCACCAACACCACCAAGAACACCACGACCUCCACCACCACCUCCUCCACCACGUCAACGACCACCUCGACCGCGAAGCCGGCGUCCUCGACCACGUCCACCACGGCGCGCCCCAGCACCAACCUGGAGGCGCCCGCCGUGCCCUCGGAGGGCGGCUCCGAGGGCGGCAGAGACGAGCACGAGCACCGGGACGCGGCCAAGGGCGCCGCCACCGACGGCCCCGACGCGCCCGACGCCGACAGAGUCUCCACCUCGACCAUCUCCACCACCACGCUGUGGGCCCCGCGCGCCGAGGUGCCCGCCACGGAGGUCGGCGUGCCCAUCAGCGAGGCCUCGUGGUGCCCGCCGUCCUCCGGCCGCGGGCUGUUCUGGAACUGGACUCAGGGCGGCGAGGUAGCCGUGCAGCCGUGCCCGGGGGGCGCCUCGGGCUGGGCGCGCCGCCCCUGUAACCCGCUGGGCUGGGCGGGGCCCGCCGAUCUCAGCGAGUGCCGCAGCGUGUGGCUGACGACGCUGACGUCGCGCGCGCACACCAACGACGCGGUGCUGGCGGUGGCGCACGACCUGGCCACGGUGACGGGGUCGCGGGCGCUCUACGGCGGCGACGUGACGGCCACCGGCCAGGCUCCUGAACAGCCUGGCGCGGCGCAUGGCCGACGACGUCAGCAACUUUCCCGAUCGCGACCAGCGCGAGGCCCUCGUCACGGAGCUCGUGGGCGCCGCCAUCGCCACGGGCUCGCACCUCAUGGGCGGCCAGCGAGACGCGUGGGCCGACCUGCGCCCGCCCGAGCACAGGGCGGCGGCCACCGCGCUGCUGCUGGGCCUGGAGGAGGCCGCCUUCCUCCUGGCCGACAACCUGCACCACGAGAAGACCGUCAACCACGCCGAGUCCAAUAUCUUGCUGCGCCUUCAGGUGGUGGAGACGCGCAACGUGGCCGCCGUCACCUUCCCUUCACCGGGAGAGACUUGGCUGCAGCCGCCGCCCACGCGCCCGUCGGACCCCUCGGACGCGCCCACGGGACACCCCUCAACCACCUCGGGAGACCUCGACGCCCCCGCCGUUGCCACCUCCUCCUCCUCGGCGUCGUCGUCGUCCUCCUCCUCCUCCUUCGACCCGACGAACAGCCUGCAGGAUCUGGAGACGCCCCCGGCCGCGCCCCAGGACACCAUCACGCUCCCCCCGGAGGCGCUGCUCGAGAACUCCGAGAACGGCCUCGUCAAGAUGGUCUUCUUCAGCUACGACGGCCUCCACCACCUCCUGCAGCCCGACGGGAGGUCCUACAGGAUCAACGAAGCCAACUUCAAGGGCGUGAACGAAACCCGCGUGCUGAACUCCCGCGUCGUGUCGGCCUCCCUGGGCGCCGGGCGUCACAUUGAACUGCCGGAGCCUGUCGUCCUCACGUUCACCAUGAUCAGGACAGUGAACGUCACCAACCCCGCCUGCGUUUUCUGGGACUACACCACCAGCUCGUGGUCGGAAGAAGGGUGCCGCGUCCUGCGCUACAACACGAGCCACACGGUGUGCCAGUGCGACCACCUGACGAACUUCGCCGUGCUGAUGGACGUGCACGCGACGCCCCUGGCUUACCCGCACCACCUGGCCCUCUCCAUCAUCACCUACGUCGGCUGCGUCAUCUCCAUCGUGUGCCUGCUCCUGGCCACCAUCGUGUUCCAUGCCUUUAGGGGCCUGAAGAGUGACCGAACGACCAUCCACAAGAACCUGUGCGUGUGCCUCCUGAUCGCCGAGACGGUGUUCCUGGCGGGCGUGAACCAGACCGACAAGCCCGUGGUGUGCGGCGUCGUGGCGGGCCUCCUGCACUUCUUCUUCCUCGCCGCCUUCGCCUGGAUGUUCAUGGAAGGUUUCCAGCUGUACGUGAUGCUGGUGGAGGUGUUCGAGGCUGAGAAGUCGCGCGUCCGCUGGUACUACGGCGCCGCCUACGGGUUCCCGGCGGUGGUGGUGGCCGUGAGCGCCGUCAUCGACCCCUUCAGCUACGGCACCAAGGACGCGUGCUGGCUCAGGGCCGACAACUACUUCAUCUUCGCCUUCGUGGGCCCCGUCAUCGCCGUCAUCAUUGCCAACUCCAUUUUCCUGACGAUGUCUCUGUUCAUCAUGUGUCGCCACGCCAACCUCUCCGCCUCCGUCAAGAACAAGGAACACACUAAGUUGGCCUCCGUCAGGAGCUGGGUCCGAGGCGCCGUCGUGCUGAUGUUCCUGCUGGGGCUGACCUGGACCUUCGGCCUCCUCUACCUCAACCAGGCGUCCGUCGUGAUGGCUUACGUGUUCACCGUUCUCAACUCUCUGCAGGGAUUGUUCAUCUUCAUCUUCCACUGCGUCCAGAACGACAAGAAGUACUCGUUUAAGUCGUGCGGCCGAGACAGCGGCCACGGCGGCUCCGAGCAGGAGGACUCGCCGCGCGCCGGCCCCGCCGCCAAGCUGGCCGCGCUGCGCCUCAACAACAACGUGGCGCCGCACCUGCCGCCCGACCACCUCAUCAACCCCUUCACCACGGCCGCAGGCGCUGCCGCAGCCGCCGUCGGCCACGACCAGCCGUCGCCCGGCCCCGAGGCCCUGCUGCCCGACUACCGCUUGGGCGGGGAGGCGCCCACACUGCGCCUGCCGUCGUCGGGCGCCGGACCCCGCGCGCACCGCACGCACUCGCCCUGGAACCACACCUACACGGAGAUCCCCGACGGCGCCGCGGCGGCCGGCGUGCGCGGCGCGGGCGGCGACGGCGGCAGCGACCCCGUCUACGAGGAGAUCGAGCGCGAGGGGCGCUCCGAGUUGCAGGUCAGCGACCUGAGUGACGAGGACGGGCGGCGCCACAGCUCGGACAUCUCGCGGCAGUCGUCGCGCUCCUACGGCGACCACCGGCCCCUGCUGCCCUACACCCUGCCGGAUCGCCACGCGGGCCCCCACCACCACCAGCCCCUGCCGCAGUACGACCCGCGCCUCAAGGCCCGCCCCCGCCACCCCGACGGCCUCGACGACUCGCACACGCUGCCCGGCGGCCGCCUGGGCCCGCACCUGGCCGGCCACAUGGACCACACCGUGGUGAGCCCGGGCCACAUCCUGCCCAUGUCGCACCCCGCCGUGACCUCCGCCCACGCCCUGCCCCCCGGCAACGGCCACAUCAGCGGCCACCAGUACCUGGAGGCGGCGGCGGCUGCCGGCGGCCAGCGCCUGGCGGACGGCGAGCGGGACGUACUGGACGCGAUGGCGCAGUACAGCCCGGCGGUGCUGUCGGCGCUGGGGCAGGCGCUGCCGGUGGUGCACCCGCUGAGCGAGCCCAACCUGCGCAACUGGGAGGCGGCCCAGCGGCACCGCGACCUGCAGCAGCUGCAGCAGCUGGGCGAGAUGACGGUGGCGGUGCUGAGCGGCGAGCAGGUGGUGUGCAAGCUGAAGCCGCCGCUGGCGCCCAUCCACGAGAACGCGGGCGCGACGACGCAGGUGGAGCGCCACCCGCAGCCGCCCACCUACAGCCACUGUUAAGAUCCGUGUACAGUCCUAGUUGUGUACAUACGUGUAUAGUGCUUUAAACCCAUUAAAGGCCUUUACGCUUUAUGAAUGUAGGUAUGCGAGUGUGCGAAAAAGUGUAAAAUAAACUCACGAUAAUCAUUAAUCUCUGUUCUUUAGACGCUGACGACGCAAAGGAAACGAAACAAGCGGACCGACGGCGAGUCUUUCGCAAAGUGAACAUGAUGAACAAGUGACUCACUGACUCGGUUUUCCCUCGUGAGGAAAGAGAGGAUUGCCGGUUGGCUGUCAUCCUAGUCAGGUCGCAAGCAGGAGGAGGAACACCGCUGCUGUGUGUCCAUCCUUCGAGGCGAAUUCCUAUCGAAAUGCCAAAAUCAAAGGUGGUCCUGCUUCCUUCCUUAAGUGUGAACUUAAAAACAUUUCACGGGAGACAGUACUUGUGUUAGAGAAAAACUGAGAUAGAAAAAAUAACGUUUUUUUAGGGGGGGACACAGAAAGCGAGACUUUCAGAAAGUCGAAUUCAGACGAAAAAUAAAAACAAAACGAAACAAAAAAAAAAAAAAAACACGAAGGGGAAUAAAUGAUGACGGUGGUUUGGAUGUGAAAUUACACGAGUAUUCUUUGCUUGCAUUUCUUUCCAUUAACUCUCGGCACUCAAGCUCCUCCUGCUGUGACCAUCGCCAGGCACGCUGCUGCCCGGACCCCGCUCGCUGACUCAAGCAACAGCAGCAGCAGCUCCGAGUGUGUGAACUUAUUUAUUGCACAAUUUCUUUGGAUGAUGAUGAUGGUGACUGAUGAUGACGGCGGCGAUGAUGAUAAAAAAAAAAAAUAUUCCCAUAAAAAAACGGCAAAAAUACUUUGUAGAUAGUCACAUUAAGGACACAUAAUGAACCUAAGGAGAAUUCUGUUUUUUUGUGACCAUUGGAACCAAUCUAUGGAGUGUUUCCUUCAAGCAUUACAGGAUAUCAGAUGCGGCUUAAGAGGCCUUUCUUUGCAUUUUAUUUGCAUAUUUUUUUGUUUCUUUUUUUGUCUGCUUUGUUUCAGGAAGUUCUUCGUAGGAUCAAGUAACCCAAGCUCAGAUUUAGGAAGCUCUAUUUGAUCGACGAUUUAAAUGAAAUAAAAAUAGGAAAAGUAAAAGAGUGGAUCGUCUUGGCUCACAACAAGAGGAACCCAGCGAGAACGUCCCUUGUAGAAAGACAGAUGUAGAUAAUGCUAAAAUGGUUGUAUAAUAGAGUGAGGAGAAACAUGCUGAGGGAGAGAAAGAGAGAGUGCGUGCGUGCGUGCGUGAGUGAGUGAGUGUGCGAUAGUUAGAGAGAGAAGAAACUUGAUGUUGAAAUUCUCAGCAUCUGAGUUUGAGUGUAAGAAUGAGAGACAAAAUGAACAAUUUAAUCAUGACUAUAAUCUCGAAAACAACCGUCU